AUGGACGAUGAGCCGACGUCGUCGCGUCGAUCGGGCGACACGGCGACAUCACGUCGCAUGUGCGGCUCGGCGGAUUCAACGGCGAGCGACAGCGACACCGCCGACGAUGCACCUCUUCUAGCUAGCGGCAGUCAGCCUGUCCGAAUCGACAUGCCGUCUUCGGAAAAGCCUGCGUCACCUCAUGACCGAUUUCCAAAGGAACGUGCAAAAGCGCUGUGA